CACAAUGAAACCAAAUAUUACAUUUUCAAAGUGUGAAUAACAUUGAAAUGAGCAUGUUGCAUACCAAUUUAAGUUGUUCUAUUGGAACGCUCUGAUUCCUUGCCGACUCCCAUCACAGGUAACUUUCCUAAAACAUUGCUAUUGGUUAGUUGGGCAAAAAUACAAUACGCACGUGAUGGUGAAGGACCAUGCAGAUUUAUGAAUACGCACAUGGUGCUGAAGUAUAAAAUUAAUUUUAUAUAGCUGAAACCACUGGUCACAAUAGAAGAAAAAACAUUUCCAGUGUAAAAGAAAAUGUACCACAUGGCUCUGAAUGCGAUAGUGUAAGUCAAGAGCGAGAAGCAAAAGUCAAAAGCGGUGUGGAAAGCAAUAUGGGAGAGUCUCUGGUUAGAACAUUAGAAGAAAAAGACAAAUCCAUCGAAACCACAUCACGAAGAGAAAGUAAGAAAAUAGUUAUUCCGUUAUCAUUUAUCUCGUAUAACGUUUGCCAUAAAAUGGCAAAAACAAUGAAAAUUAAAGGUUAAUAAUUACUGAAAAUAAUACAAUGUAUAUAGGUUAUGUAUUAAGUAUUCUACAGUAUAUGGCGGAAAGCUUUCAUUUAAUUUAUGUAAAAUUCAUGCAGCACCUUGGACGUUUCGUAAAAUGCUUAGAAAUGUUCAUAAUGGCUGAAAAGACUCUUUGAAAUAAAAUCAGUUCAAAGGAUUCGUAUUGAGAAAGAUGGAUCCUCAUUUCGUUUCAUUAUAAGGAUAUAAUUAGACAGAAACUUAUAUAUCAACGGGUGAACGGGUCAACAGACUCAUUCCAUUCUAGGCUGACAUGUUUGCAUUGUUGUUUAUGGCAAUGUUGCUAGGAGUUAUGUACCUCUAAAAUCGUCUUUAGGACCAACGAUCUUCAAGACGCCCUGCAAUAUUCUUUUUAUUAUAUAAUUAUAGUCAUAUAAACAAAGACGAUAAUUAACGCGACUCAUGCAAGUUCAAAACGCAAGCAUGUUUCCUAUAACUGUAUUCAUACUUGGAAAAAGAUUACAACGACUGUAUACGUUCUCGAGAAACUCAAGAAAUACUUUCAUAUCGUAACAAAGACGAUAAUUAAUGCGACUCAUGCAUGCAUGUUCAAAACGCAAGCAUGCGUGUUUCCUAUAACUGUAUUCAUACUUGGAAAAAGAUUAGAACGAUUGUAUACGUUCUCGAGAAACUCAAGAAAUACUUUCAUAUCGUAAAUUUUUUAAAUACAUUUUCUCUUGCAUGGUCCAAUGCAAUUCACUGUAUAGUGAAGAUGUGGAAAAUAUAUUAUGUGUACUUUAGUAUCUCACUAUCCCGGCAGUAUAAUAAAAUCAUAUCUAUAUGAUGAACACAAGCUAGUGCAAAUACAAAACACAGAUGGGCUCUAAAUUCGUUUAGUUCGAUGAUAACAGAAAACAUUGUUUUCUGAAUGAAAGUGGUUUAAAAAACUAUACUAGGCCUACAUAAUAUUAUUUUAUUAUUAUAGUUAUUGAUAUAAAAAACAAUACCGAUAUCGAUAAAGAGAGUGAUGCUCCAAAUUGCAGUUCAGCCAAGGACCACAACAAAAACACUCACGUGAUAAAAGAGACUAUAUCCAACGAAUUGAAACAGAGAGAAAAACAGCCAAAAUCCAAUAACACAGACCAUUGCGCGAAAACCAAUGAAAAGAAAGCUCUUGCAAACGUUGCUGAUGGCGAAGGGCAAGCAAUAAGCAGUUUUGGGGCGGUUGAUAGGAAAUAUUGUAAGUAUAGACUAUAG